AUGAAGCUGGUCACUGUGUUCCUACUGGUGACCAUUGGCAUUUGCAGUUACUCUGCUACCGCCUUCCUCAUCCAGAGUUUGCCGCUUCCCGUGAACAAGGCCUUGCCUUUGCCUCUGGAUGCUCUCCCAUUCCUGGACCCACUUAAGCUUCUUCUGAAUACUUUGGGCAUUUCCGUUGAGCACCUCGUGGAAGGGCUGAGGAAGUGUGUCAAUGAGCUGACACCAGAGGCUUCCGAGGCCGUGAAAAAACUACUGGAGGCGCUCUCAUAUUUGGUGUGA